UGUUCUUACAAAUUGUAUGUCUCUUUUACUUAAUUAGCUUCUAAAUCUCCCCUCCUUAGCUUCUCCAAAACUAGCAGCCUGUCGUCCAUUUAUAUAUUGCAGGGAGUUUUCUCCCCCGUUGGUUCUGAACAUGAAUUUGAUUAAGGAUGAGAUUACAAGCCCUUUGAGUGCACAACUGUUGGAGUUUAGCGAGUCAGAAUUAUUCCCCGAGACAAUACAGAAUUCCGAGGUGGGUUCGAGUUCGAAUUGCUGCUACGAGGACAAUUCCUCGUACUCCACGAAUCAUCUCCCGCUAACGCCAGACAUGAAUACUUUCAACGGCGGCGCGGACACCAAGGACGACGUCGCCGCCGUUAGCCAACCGUCGAACCCCGCCGACGACCACAACAACAAUAAUCACAUGUCCAUCAUUUUCGACGCCCAAGAAGACAUCGACAACGACUUCUCGGCUUCCAUCGACUUCGGCCCAAACGGCGGCGGCGCCGAGAGCUUCUCUCUGCCGCCGCACUUCCUCCACCACCAAUUCGACAUCUCUUCCUUGGACGCCGCCCACCAGAUCCCCGUCGCCACCGACGCCGACCAACACCAGCAGUACCCGUCGGACCAGCAAAUGGUGCAGCUGAUGGGGCCGCCGCCUCCGGCGGCUCAGCCGGCUCAGCAGCCGCAGCCGAUCGUGUACGACGACGAAUGCCUUUCGUCGGUUCCGUCUUACUUGCGCCUCACGUCUUCGUCGCCGUCUUGUUCGCUUCUCGAUCCCUCUCUCGGAAGUUACCUCUCGCCGGGGAGCCUCAACCCCGCCUUGUCCGCAGACAAUUCCGGCGUAUUCACCGGCGCCGGCUUCUUUCUCGGCGCGGAUUUGCCUCCCCAAGACCUGGAGUUUCAAGGGGAUAAUAGUAGACUUUUCUGCCCUGAUAGCAUUCCACGUGUCUACAACUGCGCUAGUGACCAGUUUCAGACAUUAAGCAGUGAGAGCCAACAUUUGGUAAGUGGAGCUGGGAGUUCAACACCAUUGACAUCAGACAUCACAUGCUUGGAAGAUACCACCUUCAAGGUAGGCAAGCUUUCUGUUGAAGAAAGGAAGGAGAAGAUCCACAGAUACUUGAAGAAGAGAAAUGAGAGAAAUUUCAGCAAGAAAAUCAAGUAUGCAUGCAGAAAAACACUGGCGGAUAGCAGGCCUCGGGUGAGGGGGAGAUUUGCGAAGAAUGAUGAUUUUGGGGACGUGACAGUAGCGAGGGCAGCCAUGGGCAACCAUGAAGACGACACGGCCGUGGACGAAGCCGCCAGGCAUAAUUUCCUCUACGACCCUAAUAAUUACCCCCCUAACGCCGCCGCCGCCGCUCUCACCCACGGCGGCCGGAUUUUCAACUCCAAUUGCCUCGCCGCCCCGCCCGGCGCCGGGCCGUACGACAUGUGCACCACCUUGUUCUGCGCCGACGCCAACAUGCACUGAUAUGAUGAUCGAGAUGGAGGUAGUACAGUUAGCUAAAAAUGCUGAUAUAUCCUCGUAUCAGACAUGUUUUAAGUGACGGCGUGAAUUUCUCCGAAAGAAAGACAUCAUCGAUCGAUCACUUCCAAAUUCCAAUCCUGAAGGAUAUAUAUGAAGUAUGAACAAUAUAUAUAUACUCAACCUAUCAGCUUGGUUUUAUUAGGUUUUCUGCCACAGUUUUGCACGCAUUACAUACUAGCCUGUUGUUGUGAUAUGGAAAUAUGAAUAAUGUCUCGUAGACUUACAUAUAGUAUAUAUGAAGAGCACAGUGUACAUGUAAAUGUUGUAAACCAUGAACGUACGUAGUUGUCAGAAACGUGGUCAUGAUAUGGAUCGUUUAUGUACUCUUUUAUUUGAAAUGGUGAGUAUACAAAUACAUUCUAUUAUACAAUCAAAUAGUUAACAAA